AUGCCGGAGUUGACUCGUGCAGAGCUCGCUCAGCAGAUAUUUAUUCCGAUGCCGGAACGGUCAGCAAUUGAAGAGAGGGACCAAGAACGUGUGUUGAACUUGGCGGUGCGAGUUUCAGUAAUGGUCAAUUGCUCUUCAUGGAGUCCCGAGUCUGGAGUUUUAGAACUCGGUCUCUUCCAAGCUCCGUGGCGACAAAACGUCACCUACGGCCAGUUCAUUGGCCUGGCUUUUCCACAGACAGAUCAUCCCACGAUCAACGACGACAAUCUAAGCGGGAACAUAGAUCUGAAGGCCGCGAUAAAUGCAUUGAAACUUACAAAGCGUGCAAAGCUAGUCUUCCGACCAACAGAUGACCUGAGAUGCCACCUACUCCUUGACCGCAGAACGAGGACAGUGGAGAUUUAUCAUCACACAGCAUUUUUGAAGAAGCAGUUUAAGAGUCACGAAAUUUUUUGA